CGGGGGCUGCCAAAAACCUAACCUCAAACUCGACGUGUCAUUGACAUCAUCUUCCCGAUCUAUCACGAUUUUCGUGGCCUCUUCCCAUUCGUCUAACAAGUGAGAGGUGUUUGCCUGUGUUGUUACGAAGGUUGUUAACUUUCUGACAUUUCGAGCCGACUCUUUGUUCAGUCGAGACAUGGGGUACAAAGCGCUCAUCUUCUGUGUUUUCCUGGCGCUGUGCGCUUUCGCCAGCUGCGACGACGACAAGUCAAAAAAGGGCCCCCGAGUCACCGACAAGGUUUGGUUCGACAUCACGAUCGGCGAUGAGGCCGUAGGGCGCAUCGAGAUCGGCUUGUUCGGCAAGACCGUCCCCAAGACGGCGCAGAACUUCAAGGAGUUGGCGCAGAAGCCCGUCGGGGAGGGCUACAAAGGCAGCAAAUUCCACCGGGUGAUCAAAGACUUCAUGAUCCAAGGGGGCGACUUCACUAAAGGAGACGGAACUGGCGGUCGCAGCAUUUACGGCGAGCGCUUUGAAGAUGAAAACUUCAAGCUGAAGCACUAUGGAGCCGGAUGGUUGUCUAUGGCCAACGCCGGGAAAGACACCAACGGGUCGCAGUUCUUCAUCACCACGAAGAAGACGUCGUGGUUGGAUGGCCGGCACGUCGUGUUCGGAAAAAUUCUCAAGGGCAUGGAUAUUGUGAGGAAGAUUGAAAACACGAAAACAGAUAACAGAGAUAAGCCCGCCAAGGACGUGGUGAUUGCGGAUUCGGGGGCAGAGACCGUCGAGGAGCCGUUUGCUGUAGCGAGGGAAGACGCCAGUGAAUAGAUUGUUGAAUUAACAGUUUUUUUACAUAGAUAAUAAAGAUUUUUCUACGA